AUGAAUGCAAUAAAAAAGAUUUCUGUAGAUGCAUUUGAAUACCUAAAUGCAAUUCCCCCAAAGCAUUGGUCUAGAAAUGCCUUCCCAAAUAGGAGCAAAUCUGGUAUGCUAUUGAAUAAUUGUUGUGAGUCAUUCAACAAUGUGCUUAGGGAUAGGAGUGCAGUUAAGAGGGAGGGGCUGAGUAAGUUUCAGGGGGUUGUUAUGCCAUCUGUGGUGAAAGUAAUAAAAAACAAUAAGAAGUCAUGUCAUGGUGUUAGGGUUAUCCCUGUUGAUGUUUUUGAGUUUGAGGUUGAUGAUGGAGAGGGGUCUUAUGUUGUGAACUUGACAAAUAAGACUUGUCAUUGUGGUAGGUGGAUCCUAAUUGGAAUCCCUUGCAAGCAUGCCAUUGCUUGCAUUGUGCAUAGAAAAUUGGAGUCUAUAGAGUUUGUCCAUAAGGCUUACCAUGUCAAGACAUAUGCCAAGACAUACGGACCUAGGUUCCAUGGAAUGCCAGGGCAUAAAAUGUGGCCUACCUCCACAAACCCUACGCCAUUACCACCUCCCUUUAGAAAAAUGCCUGGUAGGCCUAAUAAGAGGAAGAGGAGGUUAGAGGUUGAUGAAGCUAAGGAUGGGAAAAAAACAAGGCUCUAUGGUGAGGGAGUAUAA